AUGUUUUCAGUCAAAACAGCUAAAAGCAAUCCAUUGAUACUUCCUCUUGGUCCUCUCAACGACCGAACCACCACAGGCAAGUACAACAUCGAUCUCAAUGACGAUGAAAAACCUUUGGCCACCGAGCAGCAUGGUUCAAAGGACUCUCAACUUUUCAAUGACCGCCAACAUGCCAAUUCCAGCCCUGCGUUGAUCUUGGAACGUCCUAUUGAUCAGCCCCGGCCACUGAAACUCAUCUACAUCGGUGCAGGCAUUUCAGGAAUUGUCGCUGCCAUUCAGUUUCUGAAGACUGUGCCGCACUUGGAAUUGACUAUUUAUGAGAAGAAUCCCGAACUAGGAGGAACAUGUAGAUAUGAGAUUCUCGAAUACUGGAAACGUGUGGCCAAGAAAUAUAAUGUUCGGAAACAUAUCCAUUUCAAUCGGCGAUGCAUCGAAGCACAAUGGAACGAUACCACCAACUUGUGGACUGUUCAGAUCCAAGACGUGCUUACUGGAUAUACUUUCAAAGACUCGGCCGACGUGCUGAUGACUGGAACGGGCCUGCUUAACGAGUGGAAGUGGCCUUCAAUACCUGGUCUACAAUCCUAUAAGGGACAGCUGCUUCACAGCGCUAGCUGGGACGAAAGCUUCAAGCCUGAGGGAAAAACCGUAGCCGUAAUCGGCUCCGGAAGCACCGCAGUCCAGAUCGUCCCCGCAAUCAUCGACAAAGUCAAGUCUAUGGACCACUACGUUCGUGGAGGGACAUGGAUAUCCAACCAACACGGUAGCCCUCACCUUGCAGCAAGAACGAAUAAUCAGGCUAUGAAUUUUCGCUACACGGAAAAAGAGAAGAAGAAAUGGCGGGAUGACCCAUCAUCGUACCUCAAGUAUCGCAAGGAACUAGAGCUAGAGAUCCAGAGUCAAUUCGCCAUUUCCCAACGGGAUAGCGAUAUCCAGAAGGCUGCGGCAGCACAGCUACGAGCUGGCAUGCGGGAGAGACUAAAAGCAAAGCCCGAGCUACUGGAUCUCCUGCUGCCUGACUUCCCUCCGCUUUGUAACCGAUUGACUCCUGCUCCUGGAUAUCUGGAGGCGUUAAUAUCGCCGAAAGUCAAUGUUAUCGGCACACCAAUUGCUCGUAUAGAUGAAUCUGGUAUCGUCACCGCAGAUGGAAAACAUCGCCCCGUGGAUGCAAUCAUCUGCGCAACCGGCUUUGAAAAGAACCUAGGAGCCAAUUUCCCAAUUAUAGGUCGUGAUGGUAGCAGCCUUCGUGACAAGUAUGCCAAUCGCCCAGAGACAUACUUAGGCCUUUGCACCGACGGGUUCCCAAAUUUCUUCCAGUCCCUGGGACCCAACUCCUUUCAAGGGGCAGGAAACCUCCUCAUCAUGAUAGAGCAGACACACGCAUACGUCGCGCAGAUAUUAUCGCGAAUGGCCUAUGGUAAUGUCGGGAUUGUAGAACCAAAGCGGAAACAGGUCCUAAAUUUCACCAACUACGCGGAGAGGUAUUUCGAGCGAACGGUCUACAGCUCCGAAUGCAACAGUUGGUACAAGUCACCUCCAGCCAGUGCAACGACUCUGCAGCAGGGUAAGAGGGGUCAUGUUACUGCUCUUUGGCCCGGAAGUAGCCUCCAUGCUAUUAAAGCACUUGAACAUGUGAGGUGGGAAGAUUUUGAGACUACAGCAUAUGACGGUAAUGAGUUUGGGUGGUUCGGAAAUGGUUGGGCUGAGGUGGAGAAUUCUUCGGAAAGAGGAAAUCCGGAUGCAAUGGCCUGGUAUAUAAACCGGACGUCGUUUCUUGAUGGUAGUAAUUAG